GCAACUGCGGCCUCCAAAGACUGUUAAGUUAACUUCUCUGUGCUCCGCCACCGUCACCACCACUUUCAUACACUGCCGCUGCACCUCUGGGGCUCUAGAAUCCAAGAAAAAAAGUACGGAGAAUUUCACGUACAAGGAAGAAAAAGCGUCAUUUGAGGAAAAUCUUUGGAAAAGAUCAACUGGCGCACUUUUGCUUGGACAGAGUAACUUAAUCGGACGACCCUGGAGGGUACACUUUUGCAGGGACGAAAGACCCACCAUUGAUGAACUCAACAGAUCUUUUGACAAAGUAGUGCCACAACCCACUUUAUUAUUUUUCUAAAGGGUACGUUUUUUUUUUUUUUUUUUUUUGUUUCUUUUUUAUAUGUUGGGUUUGAUUUUGGAGAAAUUGGAGAAGAAGGUGCAGAGGAAAACAGGGAAAUGGGGUGUUGGUGCUCCAGGAUAGAGAGGGAAGAGAUGGUGUCGCGGUGCAAGGCGAGGGAGAGGUACAUGAAACAGUUAGUUAAGGCGAGAAAUGCCCUCGCUGCUUCGCAUUCGUUGUAUCUUCGCUCUUUACGGAGUACCGGCGCCGCUCUCCUCCGGUUUGCCAACAACGAGACCACUUUGCAACUCCUCCACCACCACCACGCGCCGUCGCCUCCGCCACCCACACGGCCGCCGUUGAGUCCUGGGUCGGAUACCUGGACAGCCAGCACGACGGCCUCCACUGCUCUACCCCCGCCUCCGCCUCCGCCACCCACACGGCCACCAUUGAGUCCUGGGUCGGAUACCUGGACAUCCAGCACGACGGCCUCCACUGCUCUACCCCCGCCUCCGCCUCCGCCGCUGUCUAGCGGCUGGGACUUCUGGGAUCCGUUUGCCCCGCCUGCACCAUCACAGUCAGCAAUGGAGGAGGAUUGGGAGGUUGCCACGUCUGCAUCAGACUUGGCUGCAAGUGCCACAGCCACAACUACCGUCACUGGAGCUGCGAGCGUGGUGGCGCCGCCUUCUGUGGUAAGUGGGUUCUCGAAGGAUACAGGAAGCGAGCUUGCUGUCGUUCCCUCCAGAAAUACUAAAGAACUGGUGGAGAUUGUGAAGGAGGUUGAUGAAUACUUUCUCAAAGCAGCCGACUCCGGCAGCCAGCUCUCGGUGUUGCUAGAAGUCUCAAAUUGCAACAUCUCUGCUCAAAGCAAAGAAGGCAAAGUUUAUAACCAUGGCUGCAAUUUGAAUCCGACAUUGUGGACAUGGAGUUCUAGUCUGAAAUUAGACUCAUGUGGCAAUCUAGGAGAGGAGAGAUUCGGCAGCAAUCUCAGCGGCAGCAGCACCACGGUUGGGGGUAGCCAUUGUUCUACUGUGGAGAGAUUAUAUGCUUGGGAGAAGAAGCUGUACCAGGAAGUCAAGACUGCAGAAACUAUAAAGAUAGAGCAUGAGAAGAGGGUGGAGCAGCUGAGGAAGCUAGAGCUGAAGAGAGCUGAUUAUGUGAAGACUCAGAAAGCCAAGAAAGAAGUGGAGAGGUUAGAGUCACAAAUGAUGGUUGCUUCACAGGCCAUUGAGACAACCUCAACUGAGAUCAUCAAGCUAAGGGAGACAGAACUCUAUCCCCAACUCCUUGACCUUGUAAAGGGCUUGAUGUGCAUGUGGAGAAGCAUGUAUGAGAUCCAUCAGGUUCAUACUCACAUAGUUCAGCAGCUCAAAUACCUCAACUUCAUCCCUUCAAAUGAACCAACAUCAGAGAUUCACAGGCAGUCGACUCUUCAGCUUGAACUAGAAGUCCAACAAUGGCACCUAUCUUUCUGCAAUUUAGUAAAGGCCCAGAGGGACUACAUCCAGUCCCUCACUGGCUGGCUACGGCUUAGCCUCUUCCAGUUCAGUAAAAACCCUCUUUCAGGAGCCAAUCAAGACUCCAAGAUUUACUCUUUUUGUGAGGAAUGGCAUCUUGCAGUUGACAGGAUUCCAGACAAGGUAGCAGCUGAAGGAAUCAAGAGCUUCUUAACAGUAAUUCACACCAUUGUAGUUCAGCAGGCAGAAGAGCAUAAACAGAAGAAAAGAGCAGACUCUAUAUUUAAGGAGUUUGAAAAGAAAGCAGCUGAACUUAGAUCAUUAGAGAGCAAGUAUGGACCAUAUUCCAUGCCUGAAACGAGCAAGAACCCCAUUGCAGAUAAGAGAGCAAAGGUUGAGAUGUUGAGAGCAAAAGCAGAGGAGGAGAAGUCUAAGCAUGAGAAGUCACUGGGUGUAACAAGGGCAAUGACCUUGAAUAACUUGCAAGUGGGGUUUCCGCACGUCUUUCAGGCAAUGGUGGGAUUUUCUAGCGUCUGCAUGCAAGCUUUUGAAUCUGUAUACAACCAAGCCAAGAGCAUUGAUGAGGAGCAUGAUGUGAAGAGGCUACUUUCUUGCUAAAGACAAUCAAUUAUGGUGAGUUGAUUUGGUAUAGAGAUUAGGGGUUUUCAAUUAGAGUUGUAUGUUAAAAUUGAUAGCAUUUUUUUUUUUCUUUUCUUAACCAAUCCUUUAAUAGAGAGAUUUGUUUGUGUUGUAUAUAUGUAAGUGAUCCAUUUGCCCUACCACAGAAACCCUUUAUAACUACAUGCUCCAUAGUUGGAAUGAACUAUAAAUUAAAAA